GCAAAUAAAAAAAAACAUACAUAUGUUUCAUGGAUGUUGUGUUGUAUGAACAAUUGUUAAGUUCCACCAACUCCAACCAAGCAAAACCGACAACUUUAUGCUUUUCUAUAAAGGACACGCAGACGAGAGUAAAAAUUUUACAUAAAAAUCUCAACUAAAUAAAAAAAUAAAAUCUAAAUCAAACCAAAGCAAAGGGAAAAUUAACUGAAAAGAUUUGCUACAACAAUUAACAGCAACAAGCUCCUGUAGAGGAGGGAGUAAUGGGAAAAAGGAACAAGUUUUACCAAGGCAACAAAUAGAAAAACAAAUACAUACAAAACAACUUUUGCUAGGAAGUAAAAGGGAAGAUGUUAAACAGAGAAAAAAGCAGAAGCUAAACAAAAAUUUUCAUUUGAAUAAAUAAUAACACUUAAGGCAACAACAAAAACAACAACUAUAGCAACGAUAAUAAUAACAACAAAAACAACUAAACAAAAAAAUCUCUACGAGACUAAAAGCCCACAGUAGUACCUUUGACAACAACAAGCAAGAGCACACAAAUACACACAAAAAACAAAGCAAAUAGAGGCAAAAAACAAAUAAUGGGAAACGGAAAUAAAAUAAAGACAAAUUGAACAAGGAAGUUAAAAGUUCAAUUGUGGAGAGACUAAUACUACUUAAGGCAAAUGUUAGCAGCUGAGAGAAUUACAACAACAAAAAAGCGUUAAAGAAAAAAUAAUUACAAAAGAUGAUGGUGAAAAAUGUCAAUUAGACUUUAAGCCAUAACCCAGUACCAAUUUUUAUAAAGUACUUGAGGUUACAGGAGGGGUUACAGCUGCUACAGCAAAUAGACUAACUAAGCAAAACAAAAAACUUUAACAAAACAAGGACUUAACCUCAAUUAUUACAUUCAAAGUAAAAGAGAAGGGGGAGCUAAAAAAAAGUAGGAAACAAUGAGCGCCUUAAAUACAACACCCGCCUCCGAACUGGUCACAGCCACUUGGUCUGCCUUAGUGGCACAACGUGCCAAUACCACCGAACCGUUUAUAGCCACCAGAGUUAUUUAUCAGCCGCCACCUCCUUACUUAACGACUGAGUAUAAUACCAUGACUUAUUCCACAAAUGCCCCAAUACCUGAAACGGAAGGAGAUGACAUUAUUAAUAAUAAAUUGGUACAAAUAUUCUUCUGCAUCCUAUACUCAACGGUGUUUGUAUUGGGGGUCUUUGGCAAUGUAUUGGUGUGCUAUGUGGUGCUGCGCAACAAGGCCAUGCAGACAGUGACAAAUAUCUUCAUAACAAAUCUGGCUUUAUCCGAUAUAUUACUAUGCGUUUUGGCGGUACCGUUUACGCCUCUAUACACGUUCAUGGGUAGAUGGGCCUUUGGUCGUACCCUGUGUCAUUUGGUGCCCUUUGCUCAGGGUUGUAGCAUCUACAUAUCUACCCUAACACUUACAUCCAUAGCCAUCGAUCGCUAUUUUGUGAUAAUAUAUCCAUUUCAUCCGCGCAUGAAACUUUCCACUUGUAUAGGCAUAAUCAUUAGCAUAUGGGUGAUAUCCUUGCUGGCCACUUUGCCGUAUGGCAUGUAUGUGAGGGUGUUUUCCGGUGAUGCAAUGCAGUCUGGCUCAAAUGAAACUUCUGCAUAUAAUUACACCAGUUCCGACAAUAUAUCCUAUGACUACCAGCGUAAUUUUGAUUCCCAUAUGCAGGCGGUUAACACCAACAAUAAUAUGGUUUUAGGCGAAACGAUACCCUUUUCUCCCAGUUACUGUGAGGAGAAUUGGCCUUCGGAACGUUAUCGCAAAGUAUUUGGUUCUGUUACCACCAUUUUGCAAUUUGUUUUGCCCUUUAUCAUUAUAUCCAUUUGUUAUAUAUGGAUUUCCAUUAAACUAAAUGCUCGCGCAAAGGCCAAGCCCGGCUCGAAGUCGUCACGCAAGGAAGAGGCCGAUAGAGAUCGUAAGAAACGCACCAAUCGCAUGUUAAUUUGUAUGGUGGGUGUAUUUGGUCUUUCCUGGCUGCCCAUAAAUCUGGUCAAUAUAUUCGAUGACUUCUAUGUUAAAUCCAAUGAAUGGCCUUUUUAUACACUAUUGUUUUUCGUGGCCCAUUCCAUAGCCAUGUCCUCCACCUGCUACAAUCCUUUUCUCUACGCCUGGUUAAAUGAAAAUUUCCGCAAAGAAUUUAAACAUGUCUUGCCCUGCUUUAACCCUUCAAACAACAACAUUAUCAACAUAACCAGAGGCUAUAAUCGUUCGGAUCGUAAUACAUGUGGUCCUCGUCUUCAUCACGGCAAUGGUGGUGGUGGCACUGCCACCCGUGGCAGUAGUCUCGAUAAUGAUGAUCAAGAUGAUGGCAAUGCCAUUACCCAAGAUACCUGCAUAACUAAAGAUAAAUUACUCAUAAUACCCCGUGAACCCACCUAUGGUAAUGGUAAUGCUGCUCUCUCACCCUGCCUGGAGCGGGGAGUUAAUGUUUCUUUGGUGCAAUGCAGUAAACAGGUUGAAAUUCUACUAAAUGACAACGAUAUUAGACAUCAUCAUCAUCACAAUAGUCGUCGUAAUCGUCAUCAUAGAGACGAUGAUGAUGUUGAUUCGUGUGAUGAACAAACUAUCGAAAUGCGUUUCAAUGAGACUCCGUUUAUAAGUUCGGAUAAUACGACUGCUAUUAGUAUUAUGGAGACGAGUACGAGCAACGAUCGUAGCGGCAGUAGUGAAAGGGAUUAUCGAUGUAACUGAGGAAGGAUUAUUGAAACACAUUUCUAGAUAAACCAUGCACUUACAGCCACAAAAAAUUCAAGGGAAAUUUUUUAAUAAAUUUUUUGGAAAAAAAAACUGAAAAAUCUCUACAAAUGUACAAGAAUAAAAGUAAACUUAUAUAAUUAAAUUUAAAGGAAAAAUAGUUUUUAAUUAGCAACGAAGUAUAUAAUUAAAAAAAAUUAGAAAUAUUUAAAUAUAAGAUAAAAUAAUAAAUAAAUUUAAGUGAGUUAAAUUAAAACAAAAAAUAAAUUUAACUAAUAAAACCAUGUGUAAAUAUGUUUUAUUUUAGUCUCUUAAUUAAGCUCCCAAAUGUAUGCAAUUUAAUGUAGUUUAUUGAGCCCCGUUUUGAUAGACUAUAAAAUAUUUGCUUAAUUGUUUAAAACACACAAACAGUUACAAAUUAGUAAAGGCGAAAAACAAAAGCAAAAAAACAUUAUAAGCAAACAUCAUUAUUAGACUAUCAUUAUUAUGAAUACAUUAUUUUGCAUAAUAUUUUGAAAACAACAACAACAAAAACUUUUUUGUAAUUAUUAACAAAUAUUUAGUUGUUUGUGUUUUUCCACUAAAUAUUAUAGAAAUUGUUAAAAAUAUUUAAAAUUUGUCUAGUAGUUAUUAGAAUAUAAUAUUUAUGAAAUUGUAGGCAAAACUAAAAUUAAAUAUAAUAUAAUAAAUACUCAUUAUAAAACAAACAAAAGUUGCUGUAUAUUUUAAGGGGGUUUUUAUAUAAUCGGUUUAAAUUUACAAUUUAAAAACAAAAUGGCUGUUGAAUUAAAAACAAAAAUAUAAUUAGAAAUGUCAAUGUUACAAAAAAUAAAAAAAAUAAAAGUAAACUAAUUUAUAUACACACAACAACAACAAAAACAAACUAAAACCCUAAAACUAUACUAUAAAUAAUGAAAAUCCUGGCAGUCUUAAAGUAUGCUAAGCAUUUUCUAUAUAUAUUUAAUUUAAAUUAAAAAAAAAACUAAAUGUAAUUAAAAAAACUAUUACUACAACUAAAACAACAACAAAGAAAGUAUUCUAGUCUUGUCAUUAACCAUUUUGAUGGAUUAACUUUUUACAAAAACAUACAAACACACAAAUACUAAUCAUAGAUUAGUUUACCUACACUUAUACUUAGUUGUUUACAAAAAAUACAAAUAAUUUUAAGAAUUUCAAAGAAAAUGCUGGAAGAAAUUCUUUUUUUCUUAAAUAUAAGUGUAAAAAUUAGUUAAAUUAUUUGUAAUGUUAAAGAAAUUUUUAUAAAAAA